CCCACUUCCCAUCCAGUCCCCACCUACUGUGCCGGGGUCGCGUCGCCGUGCGGGUCCGGCGGCGGGCCGGCCCCUGCGGACCUCGCGCUGAUGGAGCUGCAGCAGCCGGGUCCCGCGCCGGCCUUGACCCUCAGUCCGGUCGGCUUGCGCGGCGGCGCCGAGCGUCGCGACCGCCUCCCCGGCCUCCAGCUGGGAGCUCAUGGCCCUUUGGGGUCCCCGGAACGCGCGGUCGCUUCCUCGCCGGUCACCACCCUCACCAAGACUAUGCACGACCUCGCCGGGCUGGGCAGAGACACCCCAAAGAGGCAGGCAGGCAGCCUAUCCCGAUGUAUGUCUGAGUCUUCCCUGUCAUCUGAGUCUUCUGAAUCUUCUGAUGCGGGUCUUGGCAUGGAUUCCCCCAGCCCUGUGGACCCCCACGUGGCAGAACAGACGUUUGAACAGACCAUCCAAGCAGCCAGCCGCGUUAUUCGAAAUGAACGAUUUGCCUUCCGCCGCUUCCAGUCUUUGCCGGUGAGGCUUCUUGGCCACAGUCCCGUGUUACGGAACAUCACCAACUCCCAAGCACGAGACAACUGGAAGAAGAGGGAGGCGUGUGGCCGAGCCCUCCAUAGCUCUAGGGACGACAAAGAGAAUGAUGGACUUGUCUUCAAGAUGCCUACAUAUCCCAGCUGUGACCACGUGCUGGCUGAGUGGGCCAGCCGCAGAGAAGCCUUCGCCCAGAGGCCAAGCUCCGCGCCUGACCUGAUGUGUGUCACCCCUGAGCAGAAGAUGGAAAGACAACAGCUGAGUCCCAUGGCCCAAAGCCCCUUCUCCUCGACCCCUGCUGAAGAUGCUGCUGAGGAAGACGAUGGAUUCGUGGACAUCCUGGAGAGUGACUUAAAGGAUGACGAUGUGGUUCCUCCCGGCAUAGAGAGUCUCAUAAGCGCCCCACUGGUCAAGACCACGGAAAAGGAAGAGGAGCAGGAUCUCAUCAUGUACAGCAAGUGCCGGCGGCUCUUCCGCUCUCCGUCCAUGCCCUGCAGGGUGAUCCGGCCCCUCCUCAAGAGGCUGGAGCGGCCCCAGGACAGGGAUGUGCCCGUGCAGAACAAGCGGAGGAGGAGUGUGACCCCUCCAGAGGAGGAGGACGAGCCCGAGGAGCCCAAAGCCCGUGUCCUCCGCUCCAAGUCCCUGUGUCACGAUGAGAUCGAGACCCUCCUGGACAGUGACCACCGUGAACUGAUCGGGGAUUACUCCAAGGCUUUCCUGCUGCAGACCGUGGAUGGGAAGCACCAGGACCUCAAGUACAUCUCUCCAGAGACGAUGGUGGCCCUGCUGACAGGCAAGUUCAGCAACAUCGUGGAGAGGUUCGUGGUUGUGGACUGCAGGUACCCCUAUGAGUACGAAGGUGGCCAUAUCAAGACCGCUGUGAACCUGCCCCUGGAGCGAGAUGCUGAGGCCUUCCUGCUACAGAGUCCCAUCGCGCCCUGCAACCCAGACAAGAGACUCAUCCUCAUCUUCCACUGUGAAUUCUCCUCUGAGCGUGGGCCCCGCAUGUGCCGCUUCAUCAGGGAGCGAGACCGGGCAGCCAACGACUACCCCAGCCUCUACUACCCGGAGAUGUACAUCCUCAAAGGCGGCUACAAGGAGUUCUUUCCGCAGCACCCGACCUUCUGUGAGCCCCAGAACUACCGACCCAUGAACCACGAGGCCUUCAGGCAGGAGCUCAGGACCUUCCGCCUCAAGACUCGCAGCUGGGCCGGGGAGCGAAGCCGGCGGGAGCUCUGCAGCCGGCUGCAGGACCAGUGAGGACCAGCUGUGCUCCUGCCUGUCUUCCUCAGCCCUGCAGGCCAGGGCGCCAGCUGCCAGGCGGCCCACAGGGUCUUCUGGAGGCCCCAGGCACCAUCCAGGGGAGCGAGGAGCUGGGGGUGUCCCCUGGUGUGGCCCUGACCUUGAUCCCCUCCCUCCUGUCCAUCUCAUGCCACAUCCUGGUGCCCCCACCCUGCUCCAGUCCCUGAAGAGCCCAGCCUGUUGACUUAGUGAAUUGGAUUAAGUCCAGUUCAAAGGACGUGUUUUGUAUUGGCAGAAGCUUUUAGAAGCUUUUGCUUUUUUUUUCUUCCUGUUUGAGUGAACCCUCUGUCUUUCCUUAUUCAGAAAAGCCCCCUUUUGUCUUAGGACUUUGCAUGUGUGAGGCUGGGGGAGAGCUACAGCCCCCAGGAUGGCCAGCAGGGCGCGGCCCUCUUCGCACACCUGCGAGUGUCUGCCUCUUCCCUUUCUUUCUGUCUCUCCUGUCCGCCACGUGAACAUUUCAGCACAAACAUAAGCUCUUACUCUUUCUUGUUUCAGUGUUAUUGCAGGCUUGAUGUGUUUGUCGGACUUUGCUGAGGCUGAGGCUCCACUCUUUGGGAUUCAAGUGUUAAUUACCUGUUUGACCCUGGCUUCUGUGGUCUCAGAAAAGGCUGUAACCGUGGGCCAAGGUGGGUGGGCCUGUGGGCGAGGGCGGCCCACUGGAAGCCAACCCCACUGCUGUGAACCCUGGGGCCCGACAGGUCAAAACCUGCUGCUGUCUGUUGCGGUUGGAACUUGGACAGCUGGAUGGCUGGAUGGUUGGACGGACAGACGGUGGUGGGUGCACAGGCCUCGCACACACAAACCUUGAGUGGAAUCAGCUCAGUGAGCAUGACGGCCUGAGGCAGGAGCCUGUGUGUCUGUCUGUGUGGACUAAUUCUUUACACUUUAAGGUUUGGAAAUAUUCAAGAGGAACUGUCACGAAAGCCGCUAAAUCAAGGACAGAGCCUCCCUGGAUUCUGAAUCUCAGAAUGUGGGACGCUGUGCCCCAAGGCCCUGCUGAGUCUUCUGUUGGGGCCUGGGUUCAAUAAAACACUGAGCAAGC